ACAGGCAAUGCACUUGGGAGUUAUUUUGGGAAGGAUUUUGGUUAGAUGUUCUGCUGGACCCAGUCUGUGUCUCUUGAUUUUAGCUUAGCUGGACUGGGAGACUCUCAUGGAGAUCAACAAGAAAGAGGAUAUCGGAGAAGAUGACACCACCGGCCCUGAGGGGGAGAUGACAAAGGAGGAUGUUUCAGAGCCUGCUGAAGGGGACACUGUCCUGGGCUGCCACACAAGACUCACUUCUCAUCAGCGGCCAGUUAUCCACCAGGUGGCCUCUGCACCGAUGCCCAGUGACUGUGAGUUCUCCUUCUUUGACCCAAGUGAGCCGCAGUGCAGGGAGGUUCUUCUGGAUCCCAGCACUACCAUACCAGAGCUGUUUGCUGUCCUCAGGCAGUGGGUGCCCCAGGUUCAGAAGAACAUCAGUCUCAUUGGCAAUGAGAUCCUAAAGAGAGGCUGUGGUGUGAACGAUCGAGAUGGGCUGACAGAUAUGAGCCUCCUGCACUACUGCUGCAAGGCUGGGGCUCCAGGCAUCGGUGAUGCAGAGACAGCAGCCAGCUUUGCCCACCAGCUUCUUGCCUUGGGUGCUGAUCCCAAUCUUCGCUCGCGUUGGACUAACAUGAGGGCCCUGCACUACGCUGCCUACUUUGACGUUCCCCAACUUAUCCGUGUGGUGCUACAGGCCUCCCAGCCUGGAGAUGUUGAUGCCACUUGCAGUGACUUUGAUUUUGGCACAGCCCUUCACAUCGCUGCAUCUAACCUGUGCACAACGGCUGUCAAAUGUCUCUUGGAGCUGGGAGCCAAUCCUGCUUUCAGAAAUGAAAGAGGGCAGUGUCCAGCCGACGUGGUGCCCGAUCCCCUCGACAUGCCCUUGGAGAUGGCAGAUGCAGCUGCCAUGGCCAAAGAGCUCCGGACUUUGCUGAGACAAGCUUUACCCAGGCCCAGCUCCCCUCUGCCCCUGACUCUGCAAGCCCAGUCCCUCCCUGGUCUCUCUGAUAAGGCCAGGAUACAGCUUGCUUCCAUGGGAAUCCGACUGGGUGACCGUGUGGUGAUAGCUGGACAGAAGGCCGGAACCCUGCGAUUCUGUGGCAGUACGGAGUUCUCUGGAGGACUGUGGGCUGGAGUGGAACUGGACAAACCAGAAGGGAAGAAUGAUGGCUCGGUAGCAGGGGUUCAAUAUUUCACCUGUCGAAUCAAACAUGGGAUUUUUGCUCCCCUGUCCAAGAUAAGCAAACCUUCAGAAAGGCAUAAAACCAGCACCACGAAGACGUCCACACCCAUACGCCCCUCUCGUCGCAUUGACCUGUCCCGCAUUACUUCCAAGAUUAACACAGGUUUAUCUCUCUCUGUUAAAAAAACACCCGAUAAUCAAAAAAGCCCUCCUGGUCCCAAUCAAGACACAGAGGGAGACACCUCAGUCAUAACGACAGGUGUCCUCUCCCGCUCUCUCUCCUCUUCGUCCUCUUCGCUGGACUCUCGUCAUGGGCCGGGUGCCCGACCUCGUCCACUGCUAAGACAACGGCUCCCUCCCAGGCAGCGACGAGAGCGCGUUUCCCCGAGUCCCAGAACGACGCCCUCACCGGCCCUUCGCUCUUCUUCAGGCACCACAGCAGCACUAACUACUGCAGAUCUUCGAAGCCGAACUCCCUCAGGUAGUAGCUCCGUAUGCGAGGGCUCUGAGGUGCGAAUAGGGGAGAGGGUCCUGGUGGUGGGUCAGAGAACUGGUGUCGUCCAAUUCUGCGGAAAGACCAGCUUUGCUCCAGGACUCUGGUUGGGCAUUGAAUUGGACAAGCCAAGCGGUAAAAACGACGGCUCAGUGGGAGGAGUGAGAUACUUCAGCUGCCCACCAAAACAUGGAGUCUUUGCUCCUCCAUCUCGUGUUCAAAGGAUCCAUGGAUCUGUUGAUUGCCUGUCAGAGCUCACCUCCUCACGCCUCAGUCAUCCUUUCAGCGGGACAAUUCGUCGCAGUUUCAGCACAUCAUCGGCCAUCGCCACUGCGAAGGAGACGAGCAGAAGAAGCACUGUUUCCAGGAGUCGUUCCAAUCCUCACCGUCGACGCUGGAGCACCCUCAGCGGCGGUAGUGGCAGUGUUCCCGGAAGCACUGCAGGGUCCAGUCCCUCUCCCAGCACUGACGGACAGGUCCGCCUCCAUGUGGGCAUGCAGGUCCUCCUGAGCAGUGCCAAUGAGAUGGCAUUCAUCCGGUACCUGGGCACGGCAGACUUUGCCCCGGGCCUUUGGCUGGGUCUGGAGCUGCGAAGCCCCAAGGGCAAGAACGACGGCUCCGUGGGCGGGCGCCGCUACUUCACCUGUCGGCCGGGCCACGGUGUGCUGGUCCGUCCCAGCCGCGUCACCUAUCGUGGCAUUAACGGUGCCCGCUUGGUGAAUGAAAACAGCUAAGGCCUCGAGGCAGCGGAAGGGGGUGGGUGGGUUUUAACCUUGUGUUUAUGAUGCACUUAAAGCAAAAGUUUUAAGUUUAAGCUUCUUCAUCUUUUUGCAUUAACGAUUUUCUCAUUCAUAUACUUAGUCCUCUGUACUACUCAGAGGUGUUGUGAGUUACAGGAAUAAAACCACUUACUAAGUAUGUUUUUUUUUUUUUUAAUAUAGGUGACAAAAAGCACUUUAUGAAGUUUAAAUUCUUACAAAAAACUUGUUUUGGCAGGGUAGGGGAGGGGGUCUUAAUUAGACAUAAAACACUGCACUACUUUUAAUCUGAUUGCACUGAUAAAACAUCAAUAUGAUAGAUUAGAAUAAGAUAAAGUGGAUGAUAUAGAUGUGCACACAUGCAAAAAUAUUUUCUAUACCUAAAGCUAAUUUCGAUUACAUCAAGUGAGAUUGUGUGCCCACCAGCCAGGACACAGGAGGAGGGGAUGUGGGAGGAGAUGUUUUCAGAGUCUGGACACAUGCACUGCAGCACCCAACCGCCCAGCGGCUGCUCUGUCUCAGAACUGUUCUUCAGUCUAUCACGUUUUCAGUCCAUGUCGAUCUCUGCCACGCUCACAGCACCAUGCUCUGUUAAAGGCCUGGACAUUUUGGAGGCGGGUGAGCUGCCAGAGCCUCCCUCGUGUUUCCGUUUCUUGCCUCUGCUUCUUGCGGCUGCUGAGUUCAUGUGUUGGAGGUACGGCAGUGCGCUGGGAAAGGCCCGGGAGACAGCUGCAGACUCUGCUCCUCCACCUCCGGCAUCUUCCGCUAAUGUAGUCUACUUUCUAACCAAAAGUGUGCAUGUGUUUAUGCGAGAGUGUACGCAUGCAUGUGUAUGUUAAUUAAAGCACUUUGAAACAGGAGAGACUGAUUUUUACCAGGGUAGUCUUAUGACUUACAGAUAAUUGACGGAUGUUUAAUCAAAACUGGAUUUUCACUUUAUAACUCUAUGAGAAUUAAGUAGGAUUUAAUUAAACUUAGACCUCCAUCAACCUCCUUUAAAGUAUAACUGCACCAGACGUUGUUUCCUCCUGUACAUCAGUCUCUGUCACAGGCUGUCUAUUAACUUGACACAGAUGAAUGAUGGUGAUAUUGUGUCAUGGCAUAGCAAAAAUACUACCUAUUACCCGCUGGGAUAUGAUUCCAUUACAGCUUGCAACAGACUGACAUUGUUGAGACAGUGAUGGAAUUUAGGCAUAAUAUCACAUCAAAUAAGAAAUUGACGGUUUGCUUCAUAAGUACUUUAACUUCAGCUGGGAACACACUUGACGAGCGAAAGCCUCAUUUUAAACCUGAUUUGUCCACCGUGACAGAUUUAUUUAUUUAUUUUUUAUUUUUUUACAGAAUUGUGGAGAGUGCUGUUAGCUUCCCUGUGACUGAUUGAGAUUUCAAACCCUUUCUCCUUCUGGCUCAGCAUUAGAUCUGUCAGAGCUGUCGCUGUCACAUUUUCGGUUUGCAUUAUAACCUGAAUUUGGACUAAUCUCAUUGUGAUUCGGCGCUUUACACCGGUUACUAUUGUUCUGAAUUGUGUAGUCGGCAAAUGCCAGCCGCUAAAUGUGUGAGGGGGUGUUUAGAGUUUAGAAGUCUUGUGUGUUCCCAGCUUUGGUAACGACCUUUCAGUAAAGUACGGUGUCACUGCAUUUGUUGAAGGGCUUUGGAUGGGUCAUACUUGUAUUUAAUGCUUAAUUAAAGCAGCUUGACGCCGGAUAUAUGCAAUCAUCCAGAAGUUUUAAGAAUAGAGUUUGCAAUCUGAUUAGAGCCGUCUGUGUAACUCGACAGAGAACAAGUCAUUGAUUGUGCAUGUGGAAAACAGGUCCACUAUUCAGUAAAACACUCAUGCACCAUCCAAUUAGGGCGAGUAGGCCACAACAGUAGCUGUAGAAUCUCCUGUGGCCUUCUCUCAUUGAUCUGUCUGGUCAGGCCCCCUGUGAUUGAAAAGCAGUGGUGGUCAGAGCCCAAGGUUGUCUGAAAUAUCUGCCACAGAUGAAAUGAGUGAGGGGGGUAAAAGAGGUCUUUUUGAAUUCUUAUUGAAACAUUUUCAUUAACACAUUUUUUUCUUAAAACAAAUAGUUCAGUUACAUUAAGGCCAGCUCUUGAUGGUUUCUGUAACAUCUGUAAUUAUUCCACAUUUCAAAUGUCAUCUAUAGAUAUCCUUAUAGUUUGAUGCUGCACGAGUGAGUCUUAAAUUCACUGAUGAAAGUCUUCUGGCUCUGGGUUCUUGUUGGUAAUUUUUUUUUUAUUUAUGUAUUUCCUGAUAUGUAUAUUGGAAGUGUGGGUGUGUGACAGAGGGCUUUGGUCUGAUGCAUUUACAUGCUGAAAAAAACAAAACAGUAUUUGUAAAAAAAAAAUAAACAAAAGAUUCUAUUCCAAUUUGA